AUGGAAGUCACCUGGGAUGUACCUGUCCCCAUGAGUGAUGGCAUCAAGAUAUAUGCCGACAUUUUCCGUCCUGAAGGUGCAAAGGGCAAACUUCCCGUCAUUCUCACCAUGAGUCCAUAUGGCAAGCACGGGCCCAAGACGUUCGCCAUAUUCCCUGGCUCUGGAGUCCCUGAUGGAUGGGUCUCAAAGUAUGCAGCCUGGGAGGGAGUCGACCCUAUCACUUGGACCAAGAAGGGCUACAUCGUUGUGAAUGGCGAUAGCCGCGGAUCUUGGGGAUCAGAGAGUAACCUGGAGAUCUUCAGCAAGCAGGAGAGCAAGGACGGCCAUGAUCUGAUCGAAUGGCUGGGCACACAGCCCUGGUCCAACGGCAAGGUCGGGAUGGUCGGAGUCUCGUACCUUGCCAUCAUUCAAUGGGGAAUCGCAGCGACCAAGCCCCCGCAUCUUGCCUGCUUCAUGCCCUGGGAGGGAUUCACAGACCUCUAUCGGGACUACAGUCACCACGGCGGUAUCCCUGAGACCAAGUUUAUGGACUUUACCAUGUGGUCUUGCCGUUGUGGCCCUAACUAUGUCGAAGAUUGGAUCAAGAAUCACGAAGAGCAUCCACUGUACGACGACUACCACCGCUCCAAGGACAAGUACGAAACUCUUUCCAACAUCACUGCGCCUGUCUAUGCUGUCAUUGACUGGGGUGACCACGGCAUGCACACCCGCGGAUGCCUCAACGGCUGGACAGGGGUUAGCUCCAAGGACAAGUGGCUUGAGAUCCACGGCCGCAAGAAGUGGCGCUACUUUUUCGAGGAGGAGAGCGUUUCCCGACAAGAUGCCUUCUUCAAGAAGUACCUCAAGGGAGAGGAGAGCGAGGUUGAUAGCUUUCCUCGGGUGAGGAUGGAGGUCCGGGACCGGGCGUGGCAGGGAAUGUUUCGAGGUGAGAACGAGUGGCCUCUGGCUCGCACCAAGUACACAAAGUGCUAUCUUGACUCGGGGUCGAUGCAGCUCGGGCCGAAUGAGCCGGAAGAAACGUCAGUCGCGUCUUACGAGUCCACUGUGCAGGACAAGUGUGUGCACUUUACGCACGAAUUUACCAAGGACACGGAACUUACGGGAGGCAUGCGGCUCAGGCUCUACGUUUCGACGGAGAAGGGAGACGACAUGGACCUGUUUGUGCAGCUGGACAAGAUUGGUGUCGACGGUAAGGUUGCACCGUUUGUGGCUUUCUCCAUGGUCGACGAUGGACCUCUUGGCCUCGGCUGGCUUCGUGUCAGCCACCGAGAACUUGUUAUCAACCGCAGCACCACUGAUAGACCUUGGCAUCCUCACACCAGGCGGUUGCUUCUUCAACCGGAUGAAGUUGUCCCAGUCGACAUUGAGAUCCUCCGCACAUCGACGCUGUUCCGCCCCGGUGAGACAUUGAGGAUCAAGAUACAGGGUAACGACUGCUUCCGACAGUCGACACCGGAUGUAGUGCAGUUCCACGAGCGAACUGUCAAGCAAGGCAAGCACUACAUAUACUCGGGCUCUUCUUACGAGUCGUAUCUAAUGCUUCCCAUCAUUGACUAA